AUGUUGCAACGUCUUCGUGAUAUUGUUAAAGAUGAUCAAAAAAAAAUUAGUGAAGCCGAAACAUUAAUUGAUCAUAAUACAGCUAAACUUAAUGUUCAAAGUAAACGUUUAAAACAUAAUGCAUAUAAUGUAUCAAAUUGUUGGAUAUAUUUAAUGUUAAUUGUUGUUAUUAUGACAUUUAUUUCUCUAACAGUAUUUAUGAGAAUGUUUCGUAAACGAACAACAACAAUAACAUAUUCAAAUAAAGAUUCUAAAUCAAGUUUAUUAAGUAAUUCAAUAAAUCAAACAACAAUCAAUAAUACAAAUAUAACAACAACAAAAUCGACAGACUAUAUUAGUUUAUUGUUAAAUUAUGCGAAUGAAAAUCAUACAGAUUUAUAA